UCCAGAGCGAGGCUUGGCUGCCAUUCUCCAGAGCGAGGCUUGGCUUCUGCAGAGGACUAUACCCUGGAGCCGACUGAGAUUGAAGCUGAAAAGGGUGAUAAACCUGCUUGUUUUUCCCCCUAUCUCUGUGCAGUGAGGAACAGAGGAGUCUGCAAGUAGGAGAGGCUCUUUCAGGGGUGCUGCCUGUUCCUGCUGAAGAAAGUUUGGAAGCGUUUGUACAACAAGGGAUGGAGGAGCCUAUAAGGACAGUCGUGUGAGUACCACUGCCCAAGACGUGUUACUGGCGUGAUGUUCUGCAUAUGGACUGCAGAGUGAUCCUGAACAGAAGCUUUCUGAUUUCAGACAAAGCAUAAAGAAAGGAACCUGGGUGGACUCAUGAAAGUUCCACCAAUCAAUACCUUCAUGUCUCGAUGUCUUGUCUGGACUGCUCCUGCCUGAGACGGACACCUGUAAAAUCUAUAAGCCCGAGUAAAGAAUCAACUUGCAGCAUCUAUCCACACUGGGCAGGCGAGCUGCCUCAGUGCUGGAUUCCUCCUGUUCUGGGAGGGCAGGACCUGCCAGUACGCUCCCUUGAAGCCUCCAGCUAUGAGCUCCAAGAGGAACUCGGGAAAGAUUUUAACGAUUUAACCACAAUCUACCUCGCUCAACAUACUCCUACUGGAACAUCUGUCACGGUGCGACUCACGGAUUUGGAUGACUGUUCUGAUGAACACAUCAAAUACUUACAGAAUGAAGUGGUUAUGCCUUCAUUUUUUCGGCAUUCUAACAUUUUGCUUUCGUGGAAGAUGUUUACUGUGGGGACCUGGCUUUGGGUUAUUAACCCUUUCAUGGCAUAUGGGUCUGCUAGCAGCCUCAUGAAGAGCUAUUAUCCCGAAGGAAUGAGUGAAGCUUUAAUAGGAAAUAUUUUGUAUGAAACAUUAAAAGGAUUACAUUAUCUGCACCAAAAUGCAUAUAUUCACAGGAGUGUGAAAGGCAGCCAUAUCCUGAUCUCAGAUGAAGGUCUUGUUUCUCUUUCUGGGCUUGGUCACCUCUACAGUAUGGUCCGAAGUGGUGAAAGAGCUAAGGUGGCAUAUGAUUUUCCUAAUUUUAGCACUGCAAUGCUGCCUUGGUUAAGUCCUGAGCUACUAAGACAGGACCUUUAUGGUUACAAUGUGAAGUCAGACAUCUACAGUGUUGGAAUCACUGCCUGUGAAUUAGCUACUGGGCGCGUUCCAUUCAUGGACAUGCACCGCACUCAGAUGCUGCUACAAAAACUGAAAGGUCCACCUGAGAAUCCACUUUAUGGUACUUUUCCUGGUGAACAAUCCCCCAUGAAGAUCUCCCGGUCUGGAGUAGACUCAGGAAUAGGAGAAAGUGUAGUUGCUGCAAGCAUGACUCAGACUAUGACUAGUGACAGGCUGAGAACUCCGUCCCCAAGAACCUUCUCACCGGCCUUGCAGAACUUAGUGGAGAUUUGCCUACAGCAGGAUCCUGAGAAAAGACCAUCAGCUGGUAUGUUGCUGUCUCAUCCAUUUUUCAAACAGGUAAGAGAGCAAACGUAUGGCUCCAUACUGUCACUACUGCCCUCUCUGGCACAGCAACGGAAGCACAGUUCUCCAAAGCCAUUUCUGCAAAGUUGGAGAAAAUCCUACAGUAAAGCUACAGAGGAAAAUAAAGAAUGGACAUUUCACUAAGUAUGGAACAUCCUCUUCCCCAGUGCAACCCCCCCUCCCCCAUAUUAAGAGGUCAAGUUGUCAAAGGGCUUCAGUUUUUGACCUUUUCUGUAUACAGUCAUGUGAAAAUGUAAGUACACCCUAGGGAAGUUGACUUUUUCAACAUAUUUGAACAAGUAAACCAUUAAAUCUUCAACCAAACAGUGCCUACAUAUGAGGAUGGUGUACUCUUAAUAACAAAAACAUAAGUACAAUGUGCCCUUUCAAUUGCUUAUUCAAAAAAAAAAAAAAUUAAUGUAAUAACCUAAUGUAGAAAAAAAGAAAAAGUUGGUACACCCUUGUCCUUAGAAGUUGGUAUUCCCCCCUUUUAUCAGAAAUGUUCUUUUUGACAGUGUUUUACAUAACUGCCCAUCGCUAAAAUUCACCACUCAUUUAAAUGGGAUUCCAAUCAGGGCUUUGACUAGGCUGGUCAAUGAUACUCUAUUUCUCCUUUUUGCACUUUGACACCAACUGUUGCAGGAGUUGCACGCGGAUCCCAUGAUGAAUUGCUGGGGUUCUUGGAGACUUAUUGUAGCUUUAAGCUGCCAAUUCUUGAGCUAAAUAUGCUGAGCUGGCCAGUCUUGGACAAAUUAGUAGUCUUUUGAAAAUCAAUUCCACUUAAAAAAAAAAUUCCUACAAUGAAAUUUCGAUUGAUUUAAUAUAAUUUGGUGAUAUUUUUAAAUUUUUGCUUAGGCCGGCCAUACAAAGAAGCAAAUUUCCUUCCUGAAACUACAUGUUACAGGAAAGAAACUUGCUAGAUUCCCCCAUCAACACAGAUAGAAUCCCACCUGCUGAGCCAUUGUCUGCUCCCGCCAGACAGGAGAAGACUGUGCUUGCUAGUGGCUAUAGCAGUUGCUAGCGAUAAUCGCAGGUAAAACCCAGCAUACUGGUUGUACCCAAGCUGAUUGAUCGAUCAACUUCGUACAUUCAGCUUGCCCACACACGAUUCGAAUCCUGCUGAACCGGCUGAGAUUCCAACUGCGUAUGGCCUGCCUUUGUUAAAGCGGGAUUCCGGGCAUAGUGUUUUUUUUUUUUUUCUUUAUUGUACACCACGGGACAGAGAGCCAUUCAUUACAUCGGUACUUAAAACAGUGUAAGCACUUACCUGAUAUCUUCUCAGUGAUCUUGUGG